AUGGAAAAUAUAUCAGAUUGUAUAGAACCCAAAAAUUCUGAGCAAGAUGAUGAAUCAGAACACAAUCAAGACAUAACUCAUAAAAGAAAAAAAGAAGAAUCUCAAACUGAUGAGAAUGAAAAUAUUGAUAUGAACACUAACAUAAAAAGGCAUAAAAUAACUGAUUUAGAUAAUGAUGAGGUCAAACAGAGUGAUGAACUUAAUAUGGGUUCUACAAAAAGUUUCAUCAAUAGCGAAGUUAGUAAUAACAAAAAUGAAAAAGAAAUCGAUGAAAAUAAUCUUAUAAACAAAUUAACAAAUAAAAGAUACAGUGAUAGAUAUUUAGAAUUACUUGAAUCAAAAAAAAAAUUGCCUGCAUGGGCAGCUAAAAAAAACUUUUUAAAAUUAUUUAAAAAAAAUAAUGUAAUAAUAAUUGUUGGGGAUACAGGAAGUGGAAAAACAACACAAAUAUCACAAUUUGUUUUAGAAUCGAAAUUUUCAGAAAAAAAAUCGAUAGCAGUUACUCAGCCAAGGAGAGUUGCAGCAAUGAGUGUGGCUGCACGUGUAGCAGAAGAAUUAGAUGUAGAAUUAGGAACCUAUGUAGGAUAUACUAUAAGAUUUGAAGAUAAGUCUUGUCACAAAACAAUCAUAAAAUAUUUAACAGAUGGUAUGCUUUUAAGAGAAUCUAUGUUUGACCCUUUAUUAAAAAGAUAUAAUGUAAUAAUUUUAGAUGAAGCACAUGAACGAACAUUAUCUACUGAUAUAUUAUUUGGAGUAAUAAAAAAUAUUCAAGAAAAAAGAGAUGAUUUAAAAUUAGUUGUUAUGUCUGCUACUUUAGAUGCAGAAAAGUUUCAAAACUUUUUUAACAGUUCUAAAAUAUUAAAUAUCCCAGGUCGAUUAUAUCCUGUUGAAAUAUUUUAUACUAUGCAGCCUGAAAAAUGCUAUAUAAAGGUAGUAAUUAGAACUGUAUAUAAUAUACAUACUAAUGAAGAAGAGGGAGAUAUAUUAGUAUUUUUAACAGGUGAAGAUGAAAUUGAAAUGACUAAAAAAGAAAUAGAAAAAUUAGUAUAUAAAAAGGCUGGUAUCCCCCAAUUAGUAUGCUUACCAUUAUAUUCUUCAUUACCACCAGCACAACAACAAAAAAUUUUUGAACCCGCGCCACCCCCAAGAUUUAAAGGAGAUAAAAAGGGAAGGAAAUGUAUAUUAGCAACAAAUAUAGCAGAAACAUCUAUAACUAUUGAUGGAAUUGUUUAUGUAAUAGAUCCUGGUUUUUCAAAACAAAAAGUUUAUAAUCCAAGGGCAAGAGUUGAAUCAUUACUUAUAGCCCCUAUUUCUAAAGCAUCAGCUCAACAAAGAGCUGGAAGAGCUGGUAGAACAAAACCAGGAAAAUGUUUUCGUUUAUAUACAGAAAAAUGUUUUGAUGAAACAUUACCUGAACAAACAUAUCCCGAAAUUUUAAGAUCAAAUUUAGGAUCUGUUGUAUUAAAUCUAAAAAAAUUAGGUAUCGAUGAUUUAGUACAUUUUGAUUUUAUGGAUCCACCUGCUCCUGAAACUUUAAUGAGAGCUUUAGAACAAUUAAAUUAUUUAGAAGCAUUAGAUGAUGAGGGAGAAUUGACAAAAAAAGGGCAUAUAAUGAGUGAAUUUCCUGUAGACCCACAGCUAGCUAAAGUAUUACUAGAAUCAUCUAAUUAUUCAUGUUCUAGUGAAAUACUAUCUAUUGCAGCUAUGUUAUCUGUUCCUCAAUGUUUUUUGAGACCCAAAGUAAAGGGAAAAGAAGCUGAUGAGAUGAAAGCUAGAUUUUCACAUUUAGAUGGAGACCAUUUAACAUUACUUAAUGUUUUUCAUGCAUUUAUUAAACAUUCAUUAGUUGAUCAAAAUGAAUCUAAAAAAUUUUGUUAUGAUCAUUUUUUAAAUCAUAGAACCAUGACAUCUGCUCAAAAUGUGAGAUUACAAUUAUUAAAAACCAUGGAAAGAUUGGGAUUAAAAAUUACAUCUAUCAAUCCAUCGAAUCCAAAUUAUUAUAUUAAUAUAAGAAAAGCACUAUUAAGUGGGUUCUAUCAACAAGUAGCUUAUAAAACAAACAAAGGGUAUUAUAUCACAGUAAAGGAUAUACAAAUUGUUACUUUACAUCCAUCUACUGUUUUUCAAGUUAAUCCAGAAUGGGUUCUAUAUCAUGAACUUAUAUUAACAUCAAAAAAUUUUAUAAGAACCGUUACAAAAAUAGAUGGAUCAUGGCUUUUAGAGGUUGCAAAAAAUUAUUACGCCUUAGAAGAUCUACCUAAUAGUGAAGCCAAAAAUGAACUUAAAUUGAUGGCAAAAUCAGUUAAGUGA